AUGGUAGAACAAUAUAGUGUUAUUGUUGGUAAAGCCGAAAAUGAACAUGAAACUGCUCCAAGAAGAAAUAGUAGAUUUAAGAAGGCUCCUUUAACUAGACCGAUUGGUAUGAAAUGUAAUACCGUUUAUGAAUUUUUAGUGGAAAUUUUCACUAAAAAUGGUAAAGGUAGAGCAAUGGGUUGGAGAGAUACUAUCGAUAUUCAUGAAGAGAAAAAAAUUAUUAAUAAAGUGGUGGAUGGUAAAAAUAUCCCUACUGAAAAAAUAUGGCAAUACUAUGAAAUGUCGCCUUAUAAUUAUAACACUUAUGAGGAAUUAAUGGAUAUAAUGCAUGAUAUUGGUCGUGGUUUAGUUAAAAUAGGGUUAAAACCAGGUAGUGAAGAUAAAUUACAUAUCUUCGCCUCUACGUCACAUAAAUGGAUGAAAAUGUUUUUAGGGUCUCAAAGUCAAGCUAUUCCAAUCGUGACAGCUUAUGAUACCCUUGGUGAAUCGGGUUUAACCCAUUCAAUGGUUCAAACGGGUACUAAUGCGAUCUUCACAGAUAAUGCGUUAUUACCAAAAUUGAUUAAUCCAUUAAAGAAGGCUACAGAGAUUAAAUAUAUUAUUCAUUCUGAAAAACUGAAUCCAAAGGAUAAAAGACAAAAUGGUAAAAUAUUUAAUAUCCCAAAUGAAGCUUUGCAAAAGAUUAAAGAAAUUAGACCAGAUAUUAAAAUUUAUACAUUUGACGAAAUCGUCAAAAUGGGCCAAGAAUCAAAACAUGAAAUCGAUCCUCAUCCACCAACUGUAGACGAUCUGUGUUGUAUCAUGUACACCUCAGGCUCCACAGGUGAUCCAAAGGGUGUUGUUCUAAAACAAUCUACUGUCACCGCUGGUAUUGGUGGUGUCGGUAGUACUGUGUAUGGUUACAUGGGACCCGAGGAUAGUAUUAUUGCAUUUUUACCGCUGGCUCAUAUCUUUGAGUUGGUAUUUGAGUUGGAAUCCUUUUAUUGGGGCUCUUGUAUCGGUUACGCUUCCGUCAAGACUCUAUCGGCUCAAUCCAUGCGUAAUUGCCAAGGUGAUUUACAAGAAUUUAAACCUACUCUGAUGGUUGGUGUCGCUGCCGUCUGGGAAACUAUUAGAAAGGGUAUCCUAGCUCAAUUGAGUCAACAACCUGCUGUGGUUCAAAAAAUAUUCUGGACUGCUUACAAUACAAAGUUGACCUUGAAAAGAUUGCACUUACCAGGUGGUGACGCCAUUGGUAGGAUGAUCUUCAAGAAGGUUAAAGAAGCUACUGGUGGUCGUUUGAAAUUCAUGUGUAACGGUGGUUCUCCAAUUAGUUCCGAUGCUCAAGAGUUUUUAUCCAAUAUCCUUUGUCCAAUGCUAAUCGGGUAUGGUCUAACCGAGACCGUUGCUAACACAACUGUCACUCAACCAGAUCGUUUCGAAUUAGGUGUCGUUGGUGAUCUGGCAGGUACUAUCACAGCCAAAUUGGUAGAUGUCGAAGAAUUAAACUAUUUCGCCAAGAACAACCAAGGUGAAUUGUGGUUAAAAGGUGCUUGUGUCUUACCAGAAUAUUAUAAGAACCCAGAAGAAACUGCUAAGGCUUUAACAGCAGAUGGUUGGUUUAAGACAGGUGAUAUUGCUGAAUGGACUGCUAAUGGCCAUUUGAAGAUCAUUGAUAGAAAGAAGAAUUUGGUCAAGACCAUGAACGGUGAAUAUAUUGCAUUGGAAAAAUUAGAAUCCCUUUACAGGUCUAACAAGUAUGUUAUGAACAUUUGUUGUUACGCCGAUCAAACUAAGGUUAAAGCCGUUGGUAUUAUCGUUCCAGUAUUCCCACAAUUAGCUAAAUUGGCUAUUUCUCUAGGAAUAAUGAAACAAGGAGAAGAUGUUGAACAAUACGUCCAUAAUCCUAAAUUGGCAAAUGCUGUACUAGCAGACAUGUUGAAAACAGGGAGAAGUCAAGGCCUAAAUGGUAUUGAGUUAUUACAAGGUGUUGUCUUAUUUGAUGACGAAUGGACUCCAGAAAAUGGAUUUGUCACUUCUGCUCAAAAAUUGAAGAGAAAGGAUAUAUUACAUGCUGUUCAAAAAAGGGUAGACAAUGUUUACUUAACCAAAUAG